UGCGAGGCGGCUCGUGGACGGCGCUUGUGUUUUGGUUUGUCAGUGAACACUUAGCUUUGCUAUCUUACCUGGGAACAAUUAAAGCUCGAAACGCACGUACAACGUAGUGCAUUUUUAUAUCUUUACGAUUUUUAACAUUGCGGCUUGAUACAAACAUGUGAAAAAAGGAUGUAAAAGUGAAUCGCCGUGUCUGUGGAAUUGAUGAGAAACGUAUUUGUCGAUUCUAUAGCAGAAAGUAUUAGCGUGUUGCUAGCGCGGCUGUGUCCCAAAUAACGUCGCUACCCAAGUCAAGUGCACUAGGUAGUCUGUAAGCCGCCGUUUAUUGUGCUUACACGUUAAGUGCACAUAUAAAGGGAGUUAGCAGGGAUUUGGAUUUCGGCCUGAAGGCUCGCUCAUGCCCUUCGAAGACGCUUUUUGGAGCUCAGUGAUCCUGGACUGGCUUUUCUCUCACUCCAGCUUGUCUUUUCUUCCCUUCAUGAUGAUGAUGAUUUUAAUAUUUGCUGCCUUCAUGGUCGCCUUUGUCCUGUUUCUCUACAUGAUCUCGCCUUUAAUAAGCCCCAAACCGCUCAAACUCAGCGGGGCCCAUGUUGUGGUGACUGGAGGCAGCAGUGGGAUUGGGAAGUGCAUAGCCAUGGAGUGCUACAAACAAGGAGCCUUCAUCACACUGGUGGCGCGUGAUGAGGGUAAACUGGUGCAGGCGAAGAAGGAGGUGGAGAAGUGUGCAGUGAACGAUAAACAGGUGGUGCUCUGCAUCUCAGUGGACGUGUCCAAGGAUUACAGCCAGGUGGAGAGUGUGCUCAAACAGGCUCAGGAGAAGCUCGGGCCAGUGGACAUGCUGGUGAACUGUGCAGGGACGUCUGUGUCUGGGAAGUUUGAGGAGCUUGAGGUCCAACACUUCCAGAGUCUGAUGGAGGUGAACUACCUAGGUAGUGUUUACGCCACACGGGCCGUCAUCAGUAACAUGAAGGAGCGGCGGAUGGGUCGCGUGGUGUUCGUGUGUUCUCAGGCAGGACAGCUUGGAUUGUUCGGAUACACGGCGUACUCCGCAUCUAAAUUCGCCCUGCGCGGCCUCGCUGAAGCUCUGCAGAUGGAGGUGAAGCCAUAUAACAUCUACGUGACGGUGUCCUACCCCCCCGACACGGACACGCCGUCUUUAGCCGUAGAAAACAAGAUGAAGCCUCUAGAGACAAAGUUGAUCUCAGAGACAUCUGGAGUGUAUCAGCCGGAGCAGGUGGCUAAAGUCAUUGUUAAAGAUGCUGUGCAGGGGAACUUCAGCAGCUCAGUGGGUCCUGACGGCUACAUGCUGUCUGCGCUCACCUGCGGCAUGUCCCCUGUCACGUCCAUCACAGAGGGGCUGCAGCAGAUCGUGACCAUGGGGCUGUUCCGCACCAUCGCACUAUUCUACCUGAGCAGCUUCGACAGCAUUGUGCGCCGCUGUAUGAUCCAGAGGGAGCAGAACAAAGCUUCUGACAAGACGAAGUAACAGCCAUCACUCCACCAUCACUGCUCAUCCUCAACACACACACACACACACACACACACGCGGGACGGGAAGGAUGAGCUGCUUACCUGUCAAAUGUGUCCUCAUCUCCACGCUCCGCCGUGUGUGUGUGUGUUAGAUCUUCCCACAACCCAGCUCAUAACACACACGUCUCUAUUUUGUCCUGGUCAGCAGGGGCGGAGUUUAAGCUACGUUUGCCCAGUUUGUAAGAGCUAACGGUUAAUUUUCCAGCUAUCGGACGUUUAUUAUCCAAAUCUAGCUCAAAUAAGCUAACUACAGUAGUUAGCAGGCUAACACCGCGUUCAGGUACUUGGCUAAGAGUUUUAGUAAUUUAGCUAGAUAUUUAACCUCAGCUGCUUGAGAACUUGAUGUAUUGCAUAAGUCUGCACUGAGCUAGCAUUAGCUUUCCUGUGUUUACAGUCUGUUGUUACACAGUUUGCUAAAACCGCUAGCAAACUAGUUAGUGAUUAGAACUCAGCCAAGCACUUUACCGUAAACAAUCAUCUGUUCAGUCCUUCACCAAGCUCUAGGCUUCUGUACUGCAAACAAAUCUGUCAGUUAUUAUUAUGUCUGUCAUUAGGCUAACUUAAGUGCUAAGCGCUAAUGUCAGGUCACAUGAUCAGUUUAGCUUUAGCUCCGCCCUCGUCGAACCCUGUAGUAAUUUUAUCUUAUGAUCCUUGUAAGUAGAUUAUCUUUGCGGGCGAAGAUAAACUUUUGUUGUUCCUCCGUCUGACUCACUUUCCCCAUCAUUGUAGACUCUUUGUAAAGAAAAAGAAAACAACAUUUCCUGAACUGCGUAUGCCAUUUUGCCUUACCAUCGAUUCUGUGUGCAGGUCCUGAUUGACACUCGCUGGUUUGAGUAUCAGUUUCUGUCCCUUAGCUAACAGGAAGCGCUAGCGUGAUUAGCCCUGACCUGGAAGGGGAAUAAAAACUAAAAAAAAAGGAAGAGGACAAGUUUAUUGUGUUUUAUCAGGAAUCUCCUUAAAUACAGGAUGGCUCUGUGCGCUCAACCUGAGAGACUCCCUGUCUUUCGGUCUUUCUAACGUGCCCUUGUUCAUUCACGGCUAGCAGGAAAACGCUCAAUGUUGAACUGGCUUCCUCUGAGAAUUUCUGUUAGGUUAUGUUACCAUGCUGACUUCUACAAAGCACGUUAACCAGCUAGCAGCGAACCACCAUUAUCAUUGUUGACUUUUUCUUAAGUGUGUAGCGAUUAGCAGGAACACGAUUGACGUCAUACCGACUUGUGCGUAACUAGCUAACCAGCUAGCAUGCUAAAUGACUGCCUUGCUAACUAUUUAGCAUGUUAAAAACACCUUAGGAACAAAUUCACCCCUGAAGCACUUUCCUAGGAGACGGACACUUGGGUUUCUGCUACUGACUAGCGGAAAUCUCUGAGGAACAGCUGCAUUAAACUGCUUACUAGUCAGACAAACUGAGUUUCACAGAAGAGCUGAAACAUUAAAGAAAACUUUCUAAUAAGUGCAAGACGUCAUCGUGAUUCGGUGGCACAGUUUCGUGCUAACGUUAUUAGGUACCGUUUAGCGAUUCAGCUACGCAGGAGACAUUUUAAAGCCUUAAUGAACGAUCACUUCGCCCAGAUUUCGCAUGUGUCACGGUCUCCUUGUGAGCGGCUGCGGUAUUCCGUUUAUUCACUGCGUUUCUGAUUUUUUUUUUUUGCAAUUUGAUGCACCUUAUGUAUGAAAGUGAGGACGCAUGAGUCGCAGCGAUGAUGUUCUCAUUUGACUCCGGCUGGAGACUCGUUUAAAGUUAAUCAGCGCUCGUUUGAAAAAGCUAACACAAGUUUUUCCGAUAAUCAGUUAUUCAGCUCUUGCAGUUUUCCCAUCGUACGCAGUUCUGACUACACACAAGCGUAAACACCGCCGCGAAGAAAGCCGCGCUGCUCGCGUCGGAUUCCGUGCUCCAUCAGCUCACGCCUACUUCCAAGCAACGAUCCUUCUCUUCCAUCUCGAAAGCUAUGCAAACGAAGCACGUGUCCGUUUAAAACCGCCUCCACCUUCAAGCUAGACUUCGCUCUUUUCUGCUCGUUUGAUGUUCGUUUGGAUGUUCAGUUCACAUCAUUUCUCAGUCAUUUAAGUAACGUGAAACCAGCUCGGACACAUUCCACUCGUCUUUCCGUUUCUUUGACAAACCUGUAAAAGAAAAUUAAGUAUCACCUUGUGUGCCAUUAAAAAAAAAUUGUUGCAUUGUGUUAAUUUCUUACAUUAUCAAAUAAAACCGUUUGAGAGUUA